AUGGGUCGCAGGAAGAUUGAGAUCAAGGCCAUCAAAGAUGACCGCAACCGCUCAGUCACGUUCCUGAAACGAAAGGGGGGUCUGUUCAAGAAGGCUCAUGAGCUUGCUGUCCUUUGCUCCGUCGACGUAGCUGUCAUUAUUUUUGGCCACAACAAGAAACUAUACGAGUACUCAUCAUGCGACAUGCACGAGGCUCUUGGUCGCUAUCAAUAUUUCGGUCCUCCCCACGAGCAUAAAGGUCCGGAAGAUUUCGCGGGUAAGCGAGAUGACGAUGACGAGGAAUAUGAGGCCUCGCCGGCUCCCGACGAGAUUCAAGCAGUUCAGAACCACCCCGCCAUUCCCCCUCACCUCCAAAACCAGCCCGCCUUCCAGCACAUGAACCAUGCACCCUCCGCGUCACCCCCGAUCCAUCAUGCCAUGACCCGCCAUGGCACCCCGCAACCGCAAGGCACUUCCCGUCCCUCUUCAAGAAAUCAUAUCCGUCGAGUCAGUUCAAACCUAGGCCCCCAGCAACAUGGGACACCUCCCCCGCCAGCACCCCCUGGCCCCCAAAAUGGCGGGUUCACGUACAUGCCCAAUCCCUCCAUGUACAACCCGAAUGUUCAUGUAAUGAACCAACAACCUCGACCGGGACAGUUUGCGCACUACGGACACCCACCUGGACAACACCAAGGGACGCCUCCUAUGCACCCGCAUGGUUUACCGCCACAGCAAAUGCCGCCACAGCACCAGGGCCAACACCAGAGCCAACAGCACCAAGCACAGCACCAGGCACAACAGCAUCAGGCACAACAACAGGCAGCACAACAGGCACAGCACCAGGCGCAGCAACAGGCUCAACAGCAGGCGCAACAGCAGGCGCAGCAACAGGCACAGCACCAGAGCCAACAGCAUCAGGCCCAACAGCAUUUCCAACAGCACGGCCAUGCAGGAAUGCCUCCGGGGCCCCACCAGCAUAUGCAAGCAUAUAUGCCGGAACAUGGGAGAAAUUCGAUGCCUCCAGGGUUCGCGCCUGAUGGUCACCAAGAACGGCCUGCCUCGGAGCAUCCCCAAGAUGAUUCUUCGGGAGCAAUGAAACCAGAGCACAGCCAGUCGCCACCUCAAAUGAAGUCGUUAUCAAAAUCACGGAGUAUUUUCACCCCUAUUGAUGAUCGAGAUUCUGUGCUCGCCCGCCACUUUGGAGCUGGAGCGGGGUCAUAUGAGUCUCACAAUAACCACUCUCUCAAGGUCGACCCACAAGCUUCCCUUGGUACCAAGUCAAUGCCUGUCAGAGCUGCCACAGAAGCUCCUCGUGCAGGGCCAGUUGCUUCGACGCAAAGAAGCAAACCACCAUCCCGAACUAACAGUGGACCGUUGCCAUCAAAACGACCACAGUUGAAAGUGCAGAUUCCCAGUGAAACCUCCGAUGGUGGCAGUGCCACGGCCGACUCAUCACGCGAUUCCGCUGGGAAUAGAACCUCCACGCCUGUGAAAGGAGGUGCCGAAAACGGGCCCCCGGGCGUGGUCUUACCCCCUCCGUCGCCUUCCGCUGGUGCAAUACUGAGUGCGGGAGCCCAGGGGCCUCCAAAUCCGUUCGCGCGCCCGCCUCCUCCUGUUUCAACCACGCGAAACGACUCUUACAGCAGCAGCAGCGGAAACCCGAACAAUGGGAAUAACUCAAAUAACAUCGAAACGCCCAUAUCCGCCUUGCCGAGUCGCUUUGUAUCCGAUGCACUCCUCCCGUCGCCUUCCAGCUUCUUCCCCGAAUGGGGCUUUGGCCGGUCAGGCCCAGAUUCCAACAUGCUGCCCAGUCCCCUCACCUUCCCGACUCCGGCAGUACAAAGCGGUCCCGGCUUCUCUCGAGAAGACGAACAAGACAAGAAGAGAAAAUCCCCAGACGAUGGAUCCGCAGGGGAAGGUGCAUAUAAAAAGCCGAGAACCUGA